GAUAGCCCCGCCCCGGGACGGAUAGUCCGGCCCCGGGAUGGAUAGCCCGGCUCCGGGAUGUACGUCCCGCUCCCGCCCCGCGCAGCUGAGGGCAGGGAUGCUUGAACUCCACGGAGCAGACUUCCCUGUGGAGGAGAGCGCAUGCCAGAGGUGCUGGGGCUGCCGUGUGUGAGAUGAGCUUUCGUGCCUGUUGAGGCAGCUCCAGCAGGAGCUCGCUCUUCCCCUGCCUCCCUCUGUGACUGACGCUGGCAUCGCGAUCGCUGCACUGUGCCUGAAGAAAGGCAAAGGAGCCUGAUUUUGCUGAGAGAGUUUUCCUGGCAGGGGAAGGCAUGCAGAGCAGAGAGCCGUGCCAGCCAAGAGCCUGGAAGUGCAAGUCCAGGUGCUAGGGCGAGUUCCAGCCAAGCCAUGCUGCGGUGAAUCCUUUCUCUGCAGCCACGUCUUGCUCAGCACCAGGGGCUGUGAGAGGCUGCCCAUGGCACUGUGGCAGCCUGGGCUGGAUUAGUGCCUGCUCUGUCUCCGCUUGAGCCAUCUGAAGAGCUGAAGAAGACAGUAGGGAAGAUGUUGGACUUGAGCUUCCUGACCGAGGAGGAGUAUGAAAAGCUGAUGAAGGUUCUGCAGAGAGAUGCAGAGCUGAAGAAGAAGGAUGGGGAUCGCAUCAGGCGGAUACAAGGCUCCAUCACGGAUGAAAAGAAGAAGAAGUUUGUGACAGGUGAAUGGUUUUCAGAAGUGAAGGCAAAACGGUUCCAGGAAGACUUGGCAGGGCCGGAUCUACUUCGAGCAUCAAUUAGAAGGAAAAAGGGCAAACUAGAAAAUGAGGACAGCAAGCACAUCCAGAAGAGUCUGGAAAGCAAAGCUGCCCCAAGUCCUGCCUUUCCUGAGGACAUUGCUGAUGCAGGAGAGGGAAGAUCCAGUACACCUACUCUUGAAACCACAGAGCAGAAAAUUCUGCCAAAACUGAAGCCAAGACUUCCUGUCCAGUUGUCUGCAUCAUACAAGGGAUCCAGCAUACAUGAUGUCUCUUCCUCAGAGAGUGACACUGGAACAAGUCCAUUUGUGACUGCAACAAACAGCUUUCAUUUGUCUAAAAAAGGUCAUGGAGUAUCUCCACUGCCCACCAAGCCUUCAGAGGAUGCCGUGCCUCAACCCAGCACUGCAGCUGGAGGAGAAGCUGCUGAUGGGGCCACUGGCAGCACAGAGGGGCCAAAAACUCCACCUGAAGAAACUUAUGCUCCCAGCAAAAUACCAGUUAAGAAGAAAGCAAGCAGAACCUUCCCCACAUCUGAGCAGGUUGUGAAUCAUGCGGGGCCAGCAGAAAACAGCCUUGCAAAGAAAGAGCCGCUGGCAAGCCCCAGACCACUGCCCACAGCAGGGGAGAGCAGCCGGGCUGGUAAGCCAGGAGUGAACUACACCAUCUCGUCCAUGAGUAACAAGGAGGAGGAUAUCGGCCUCGACCGUGAGCACUUCAGGAGCUUGAAGGACUUUUGGGAGAAGGGAGCAGACUCGGCGGCAGAGCCGGGCUGGGCCGAGGCAGACGCUCGGCAGCUCAAGCUGUGCCGCUCGCUCUCCCUGCAGUCUGGGCAAGGCCAGGAUGCUGAAGAAAAACCUGGUGCCUUCACCAAAACAAGGACCCCCUCCAAAAGGACAAUAACGUUGUCUUCUAGCAAGGAAGAGCCAAGCUAUGGCACUCCUGCGAGGAAGGGCUCAGUUUCCGUCACUCCCAGAUCCACGUGUGCCAAGAGCAAAGGGGGCCUGGUUACAAGAAAUGACUUGCUGAGUGAAAGCAAUGGGAAGCUGCUGAUGCCAGAGGAAGAGAAGGUGGUGCAGCACUGCUCCAAGAAAUCCAGACUGCCUGUGCGAGCGCCUUCCAUCCAACUCGAGUCGCCCACCAAGGAUGUGUCUGGCAGCUCGCUGGGGCCAGGGACGCCCGUGGAGGAGCUGGUUGUGGCAGAAGAGCGCAAGCCCACAGGGAGGUCCCUGGUGAGCAGGGUGCAGAUACUGAUCGAGCCUGUGCCCACAGAUGGUGAAAGUGGUGAUGAGAAAGAGGAAAGAUCUGAUCUGGGCACCCAAGACAACGUGGAAAUAAAUGGAGAGCUACCUGAGGAAAAAAUGUGCAAGUCUUCAGACCAGCCAACACCCGGUGAACCAUCUGGAGAGAGAGAAGCUGUUCAGGGAACAGACUCAGCUGUUUACUCAGAGGAAGAUGGGGAUCAUUCUCCUGCUGCUCAGGCACUGGCCCGAGCAAAUAGCAUUAAUCUUGCAAAGAGCAUGGUGAACAUUUACACAACCACAGAGACGUACAAUAAACCUCAUUUGAUUCCACAUCAAUUUCUUGAACCUGAAAGAGCAAAAGAACUGAGCAGAUCCUCUCCUCUCCUGUUGUCUGAGACGGAAUCAGACACGGCCUCGGAAGUCAGCUUCCAGCUGAACAGGCACAAGAAGACGCCCAGCACUGGCAGCCACUCGUCCGACAUGGCUUCGGUCUCCUCGGUGAGUGGCAGUGUGCUCAGUGUCUACAGUGGCGAUUUUGGGAGUGUGGAUGCCCAGGGAACCGUGGAAUUUGCUCUAGACUAUGAUGAGAAGAACCGGGAGUUCCAGGUUCACGUGUCCCAGUGCAAGGACUUGGCUGUAGUGGAUGAGAAGAAAGGCAGAUCUGACCCGUAUGUUAAAACUUACCUGCUCCCAGACAAAGCUAGGAUGGGUAAGAGGAAAACAUCAGUGAAGAAGAGGACAGUGAACCCCAUUUACAACGAGGUGUUACGGUAUAAAAUAGAGAAAAUGGUAUUGCUGAUCCAAAAAUUAAAUCUCUCUGUUUGGCACAAUGAUCCAUUGGGACGUAACAGUUUUUUGGGAGAGAUUGAAAUAGACUUGGCCAGCUGGGACUGGAGCAACAGGAAACUCAACUGGUACCCGCUGAAGCCCCGGAGCCUUUCUGCUGUUAAUGGUGUGGAUCAUCGAGGAGUGAUGAGUUUGUCCAUUAAGUACGUCCCCCCUGGAAGCCUGGGGCCCAAGAAUCCUCCCUCUGGCGAAGUUCACAUUUGGGUCAAAGACGUCAAGGACCUGCUGCAGUUGCGUCCGUCCGGAGUUGACUCUUUUGUGAAGUGCUAUGUGCUUCCAGACACCAGUAAGAAGAGCUACCAAAAGACCCGAGUCAUAAAGAGAGACACAAACCCUGUUUUCAAUCACACCAUUGUGUAUGAUGGCUUUCACACGGAGGAUCUGAAGGAUGCCUGUGUUGAACUCACUGUGUGGGAUCAUGAAAAACUUACCAACCAUUUCCUUGGAGGAAUCAGGCUGGGCCUUGGGACAGGUUUGAGCUAUGGCAUCUCUGUGGACUGGAUGGACUCCACACAGGAGGAGGUGGCCUUUUGGCAGGAGAUGAUGUUGGCUGCCAAUGAAUGGAUCGAGGGAUUGCUGCCACUGCGCUCACUGGCAGGGAGGAAAAAGCUGAAAUAACCCAUUGUUGGUGCCAUAGAAAUGCCCAGUGUGAUCAUUAGAAGAAUUAGGAAACUUCCUGGACCAGGGAGAAAGAGACCAUGCACAGGGCUGCAAGUGUCAGGGUAAUAAGGCAAUUAAUGGCAUCACCUUGGAGGUGUUAAUGUUCAGUACUAAUCCACUCACGGAGGACAUGGAAGAUGCCAAACUGAUUCCAUACACGAUUUUAACCCAGAAGAAACUUAAUUUGCCUUUUUGUUUAAUCAUUUAUGUAUUCAGUAUAUUUGAAUUCCAGUAAGCUCUGGGAACAUUGGCAGAAGGAAAAGGAGAUACAGAUACUUUUUUUUUUUUAAAUUUCUUGUGCCAUUUUUCUUCCGUGCAGAGAUGUAGUUGUACUGAAGCAGCAGCAUGGUAUUAUUCAUACUCCCUGCAAGGGGUUCACUUUGUACUUGGUGUACAAUUGCUCCAAAUCACCAGCACAGUUUGAAUGGGAGCUUUGCAUUUGUCACUGGUGGUAACACCUCUUUAACGUGAGGAAAACUGAGUUCCAGGGUGCAUCUAAAGAAAGAGAGGAUUAUUUGCAGCAGAAGAUGAAGAAACCUGAGGAGGAUGACAAUGAGGAAUUUGAAAUAUUAAUUUCUUUCUGCUUUAAUCUGAAAGAGUGCAGGGAUGCUCUUAGAGAUAGUGGGAUUUUGCAAGCAGGGAUUUUGUUUUCCUGGCUUUCCCACAGGCUUCCUCCGAGACCUCAGGAAAGUCUCUUUGUGAAAGGAGGGUUUGAGUGCAAUAUAAACUAAAAUGUUUGCCCAAAUGUAAAAUAGGGUUACAUUGCUAAUGGGCCUAAUCACUCCUUUGCAAUGCCUUGUGUGCAAAACAUUUCAAUGUGAACUAAUGAGGUAGGAGUCAGUGUCACAUUAGCCUGGCAUCAGGGGUCAGGGAUGAAAGGUCACAGCCACACUGGAGCACAGGAGAUACUGGGAGCUGGUGGGAGAGGUAAGUGGAGAGUGUGUGAAUGUGCAGGGAGUGCAGAACUGCAGUUUCCUGGGGGUCUCCUGCAUCUGCAUCCCCUGCUGCCCUUCUCUUCCGUUCACCUGAUGCCUGUUGUCAGUUGUCAGUGGCUGGAAUUUCCCUUUUGCCAGUAGCUUGCAAAAAAUCUUUGCAUCUGGCACAUGGACUGUGGUGGAGUGGUGUUGUGAAUACAUUUUGAAUUGCAGCUUUGUAAUUUCUACUUUGGAUGUACAUAUUGUGAUUAAAUAGAAUGCUUUUCUUUAUUCAUCAGUUGGUCAUCUUGUACCUAUUUUCAUCAUGCUCUAAAUAACAAAAAAGCAAGCAAAAGAGGUGUUAAAUUUUGUUAUGUAAAAAAUGAAGCGUUUUUGCCAAAGGGCAAGUGAAAUGUCAUGAAGAAAUAAUUUUUAUAACUAUCCCACUUUAGAUUUUGGCUCUCUGAUUAUUUUGAUAUUCUUCUUUAGUGGAUUGAUUUUAUUUAACUCAAGCCUACUGUGAAUUUUCAGCUUAGCGAAGAUGGUUGUUAAUAAAUUAAUGGAAAAAUGUA